AGCUCAGAGAGGCAUAAACAGAAGAAAUGGGGGAUGAAAAAAGUUUGUAGUGAGGAAACCUGCAGUUAUUCUCUAGGAACCAGAGAGAAAGGAGGAAAUCUAGUGGGAGAGUAGAAACCCUGGGGCUCCAGGUCUUGUAGGAAGGGUUUAUCCAGAAGGGUGGUGGAGCAGAAGCCUGAGAGAGGCAGAGUAGGAAAAGGCUCAGGGAAAUAGCAGCAAGGUGGGACAUUGUAGGCCUUGACUGCUGAUUAGAGGGUCUCUGAGUUGGAACCUAGAAUAGAAGGUGGGCCUGGUUUCUCCUACUAGCCAUGGAGGCAAAGUCUGGGCAGUGAAUUGGAAAACUGCCUGAUCAAGUCAGAUGGAGAUCCUUUGACACUCGGAAAGGAGGAAAACACAUAGUGACCUGGCCACAGGAUCAAGCCAUGAAGAGAGAGCAACCAACUCACGAAAAGGAAGUGCACAGAACACAAGGAGAGAAUGGAGUGAUGGAAGGGGGAAUCAUCCCUUGAAGGAUCACAGAGCAGUUGGAAGGAGGUGCCUCAGUAGUGGGUGAACCCUGUUACAGGUUUCCCUUCCUCUGGUUCCUGAAUUGAGUAAUAUAUAGUGUAAUCUGCUGGAAAAGACUGGGAUUAUAAAUAAGAGAUUACCUGCAGAACAUCUCUUGAAUGCUGAACGUAAACAGAAGAACCCAGUAAAACAUCACUGGCUGAGCAGCGUCUUCCAAGAGAGCGAACCACAAUGUGGAUGGUGCUCCGCAGCUAGGAUUUGUACACCCCAGAUGCUCAAAGGCUAAUGCACCAGUGAAGGGUCACUACUUAACCAAUAGACUACAAAUCCAUUCUGUUGGCUGCAUGGCAUCAUAUUAUUGAAGUACACUGUGCUGAUAACUCCAAACUCAUUUCACAUCACUGAAGUAUUUCUGUAGAAGAAUAGAUCUCAUUGAGAAACAGAGAAUUAUCAAGCACCCCUGGAACCAUAAUGUUUUAUGUCUAUCAAUUCAAACCCUGCUUGACUCACUAAUGUUUUUUCACCUAAUCAAAAAUCUGUCUCUUUUUAUACCAAUAAUCACUCAUCUUUGAAUAUUUGUUUCCCAUCUCAAGAUUGAUAGGAAGGGGCUGCUUUUAAAAAUCUUGUAUAUGUAGUGUAGCGGUGGAUUUAAAAUAUUGCCUAGGUCCCUUUGAGCCUUUUUAUUAACCUAAUGCAUCUCUCUCUGAACAUUGUUUCUCUCACAACUGCCAGGCUAUGGCCCCAGGCUUCUAAAGCAUUUAGCAUCCUCCUUUUAUCCUAAAUAAAAUAAGAUCUCUGGCUCUGAUAUUCCUUGAAAGUAAUAAUCCAGAUUAAUUCAGGCUUCUGUAGCAGUGUGGAAACAGUUUCCCAUUUGACCUGCAACUAAAUCUAGAGACUUCCCCACAGAAAAUACACAUGCACAAUCACACAACACACACAGAGUACGUAGAAUGCCUUGAAGAAACUGUAGCUAACCACCUUAUUAGUAUUCCUCCCUCCUCUGUGUUUCACUUGCAGCAACAGAGGGCUGAGCAAAAUGCAGUAGAACAGGGACAGAGACAGAGCUGGCAAUCAUCUCAAUGCAGGCUGCUGAAUGUAGGGGGUGGGGGGAUGCAGCAAAGGAAGAUUAAUAACCUUGCCAUAAUCCUGUGAACUCUGGAAGGAGAUACUUCUGGUGACAGAGCCAUUCUUGUCUUGAUUAAUUGGACUGAGUGAGUUAGUGACUGGCAAUCCACCUGGUUUGGAGGGGACCCUGGGUUUUGCUGUUCUUUGAAUCCUCUACCCAUCUGAGAAGGUAACAGUGAGACCUACCAUCUGCAGUACACACAGCAGCUAUUGGAGGCUACUACUGACAGUUUGGACUACAGUUUUUGGUGAGCAAGAAGCCAGGUAUAGUGUACAGUGGAGAUUAAUAUACUCAGGCCACUCAAUUUCACAGUCUGGUCCCCCAGCCACCUCCCCCACCAAACAUCCUUUCCCAAUUGCUUUUGAGUUCUGGGCUCACUUUUGACAUAGUCUUUUGGACACAUUUUGCUGGGGAUGGAAGAUCAGUAAAUGGAACCUUUGAAAACUAAUCAUUUUGCUCCUAUGUGACUUGAAAAAAUAAACAGAAAAGAAGAAUCCACGUUCAUCGGAGGAAUUUUUAAUUUCCUUUGGAGAAGUUUUAGGAGGGACCAUCCAAAAGCAGGUAACAAAAGAAGGCUGUUAUCCUGAAGGCUUGGGCCAGGUGCUGGAUCUUGGAGAGUGGUUGACGGAAUCUAGCCUGUCCACAACAGUGAAGAAGGAAAGGAAACUAACCAGAGGGUUUAAGAAUAGAAAUGAAUUUCUCUCCUGCAAGAAUUCAAGAUAGUUUAGUGAUGUGGGAGCCAAACAAGCUGACAUUCGAUUGGAUAGUCUGAACAUCAUGUCACCAGGGGAGCAGGAAUGGACCGUGAAGUUUGUUGAUAGGAAAUAUCCUAACAACAUGACAUGCCAAUGAGAAAGGAAGUGGAAUCCACUUUGGCAAAGAAGAGAAUUGUCCAAUGAAUGAUCGACUACAGGUGUUGAUGCCCUCUUCAUCACCAGAAAUCAUCCUCUUACAAAGAAGCUCUUCCCUAGAUCUUGAAGAUCAGAUCAGAUUUUAAGACAAUUCAAACUCCAGAAGGACCAACACCAAAUAAAUUAUGAAUGUUGAACAAGAUGACCUUACAUCCACAGCAGAUAAUGAUAGGUCCUAGGUUUAACAGGGCCCUAUUUGACCCCCUGCUUGUGGUGCUACUGGCUCUUCAACUUCUUGUGGUGGCUGGUCUAGUCAGGGCUCAAACUUGCCCUUCUAUCUGCUCCUGCAGCAACCAGUUCAGCAAAGUGAUCUGUGUGCGGAAGAAUCUGAGAGAAGUCCCAGACGGCAUCUCCACCAACACACGGUUAUUGAAUCUCCAUGAGAACCAGAUCCAAAUAAUUAAGGUGAAUAGUUUCAAACAUUUGAGACACCUGGAAAUCUUGCAGCUGAGUAGGAAUCACAUUAGAACCAUUGAAAUAGGGGCCUUCAAUGGUCUGGCCAAUCUCAACACUCUGGAACUUUUUGACAAUCGUCUUACCACCAUCCCUAAUGGGGCUUUUGUAUACCUAUCAAAACUGAAGGAGCUUUGGUUGAGAAAUAACCCUAUUGAGAGCAUCCCUUCUUAUGCUUUUAACAGAAUCCCUUCCCUACGUAGGCUGGAUUUGGGGGAACUAAAAAGGCUUUCAUACAUCUCAGAAGGUGCUUUUGAAGGUCUAUCCAAUUUGAGGUAUUUGAACCUUGCUAUGUGCAACCUUCGAGAGAUCCCUAACCUCACACCACUCAUAAAACUGGAUGAGUUAGAUCUUUCUGGGAACCAUCUGACAGCCAUCAGGCCGGGAUCCUUUCAAGGGUUAAUGCAUCUUCAAAAAUUGUGGAUGAUACAGUCCCAGAUUCAAGUGAUUGAAAGGAAUGCCUUCGAUAACCUUCAGUCACUGGUGGAAAUCAACCUGGCACACAACAACCUAACACUACUGCCUCAUGAUCUCUUCACACCACUCCACCUAGAAAGGAUCCACCUGCACCACAAUCCUUGGAACUGCAACUGUGAUAUUCUUUGGCUCAGCUGGUGGAUUAAGGACAAAGCACCCUCCAACACUGCAUGCUGUGCUCGCUGCAACACACCUCCCAAUUUGAAAGGAAGGUACAUCGGUGAGCUGGACCUGAAUUAUUUCACAUGUUAUGCUCCAGUGAUAGUGGAGCCACCAGCAGACCUCAACGUCACAGAAGGCAUGGCUGCAGAACUGAAAUGCCGAGCAUCGACCUCCCUGACCUCUGUAUCUUGGAUUACUCCAAAUGGAUCGGUUAUGACGCAUGGGGCAUACAGAGUUCGGAUUGCUGUGCUCAGUGAUGGCACAUUAAAUUUUACAAAGGUGACCAUGCAAGACACGGGCUUGUAUACCUGCAUGGUGAGUAACUCUAUUGGGAAUACCACAGCUUCUGCCACUCUGAAUGUGACUGCACUGGACAAUGGUUACACAUACUUUUCAACUGUUACCGUAGAGACUAUGGAACCUUCUCAGGAUGAGGCCCGGACCACAGAGCAGAUUGGGCCCACGCCAGUUAUUGACUGGGAGACCACCAAUGUGACAACUUCUCUUACUCCACAGAGCACAAGGUCAACAGAAAAAACAUUUACCAUCCCAGUCACAGAUGCAAGCAAUGGGAUCCCAGGAAUAGAUGAGGUUAUGAAGACUACCAAAAUCAUAAUUGGUUGUUUUGUGGCUAUCACUCUCAUGGCCGCUGUGAUGCUGGUAAUUUUCUACAAAAUGAGGAAACAGCAUCACCGGCAGAACCACCAUGCUCCAACAAGGACUGUAGAGAUCAUUAACGUGGAUGAUGAGCUUACAGGUGAUACACCCAUAGAGAGUCACUUGCCCAUGCCAGCCAUAGAGCAUGAGCACUUAAAUCAUUAUAACUCUUAUAAGUCUCCUUUCAACCACACAACAACAGUUAACACAAUAAAUUCAAUACACAGUUCAGUGCAUGAACCGUUAUUGAUUCGAAUGAACUCAAAAGACAAUGUACAAGAGACUCAGAUCUAAAAUAUUUACAAAAUUGGGGGGAGGGGAAAUACAAAAAGGACGGUUUAUAAAACAAAUGACACAAAUGACUGGGCUAAAUCUACUGUUUCAAAAAAAAGUGUCUUUACAAAAAGAAAUUUAUUUAUUAAAAAUUCUAUUGUGAUCUAAAGCAGACAAAAUUAUGUGUAUUCCUCAAAACCUCUUUUUGCUGCACUUAUUUACCCCACUUCCUCCUUUCUCUCUCCCCUACCUGCCCCAACCCCAUUUGCCAUAUUUUUCAUAGGAGAACUGGUCUAGGAAAUUUUGUAAGAAUUCUGUCAUACUUUGGGAAUUUUUAUGGUGAACUCUAGUGGUGAGAUUCAGUCGAUUUUGUCUCUUUUUUCUGUUUUAUUUUUUCUUUUCUCAUACCCUUCUUGAAACGGUUCUACAGAGAAUGGAGCAUUAGCAGUAGAUUUGUAAGUGAGAACCAAGGAACAAGCAACAACAACAACAAAAAAGCAAAGCCUUUUUUAAAAUUUUUUAUGUAAUGACCUGUUCUGUAUUUAUCAAGAGGAGCAUUCUGUGGAAGAAGAAACAAAAUCUAAAAAAAUAAUUUACUUGUGAACAUCUACAAAACCCAUGAUCUUUUAAACAAUUCUAGAACCAGAAUUUGUAGUUCAAACACUAAAAUAAGAUUAUAAAUAAAAUAUUGUUUUUUUUUCUGUA